AAGCUGCAGAACUACACCACUGCUGUCCCGAAUAGUUGUCCAGUUUCAAGUGGCCCACGCGGAGGCCCAGAAAGCGCAAAAGAAGGAGGAGCGCCACCAACAGGAGGAAACGUCCUCGAGGAGAAGCGCAAGAGCGUCAUGGACAUGGCAAGGGACAUUGAGACUGAGACACGACACCAAUAUGAAAGACUACUGAGUGGGCGCGGUGGCAAGGAACAACAACAACAUGGCGACAACUUCCAGCACCUCCACAGCCAGAACGUCAAGGUCAAGGGUCGUCGGGGAGCAAAUAGAGGAAGUUGUAUUACGGCUACAAUAAAUGCAUCUUCACAGGCAUCCUGAGACCGUUUUUCAAGGGGAAAGCAGGCCCAAGAUGCUGCUGAAGAUGGAUUUCCCCUAGCUCUAAUUGUAGCAACUUGAUCUUCGAUGGGACGAACAAGGACAACAACAGAGCGCUGCCACGACGAGAUCUUGUUGUUCAGCAUCAAGAAGAACAUGGAACGAAGGCCGCAUCAAGUCUCCCUUCAAGUAGAAAAGUGACUCAGAAAAGACCAGCACCUGCAUCAAGUGGAGGUGAUCGCGAUGACUUUGAUGAAGUAGACCACGAGCGAAAGAGAAAGGUAAUGAAGACCAGCUGCACCACGACGACAACGUGUUCAUCUAAUAGUUCUUGUAGCAGUUCUUUUGAGUUGUUUUCGACACGCGCCGGCGGACCUUCUACGUCAAAUUCUACUUCAUCCGCUGCAGGCAUAACUGCAGCGAAGAACGGCUCCUCUUCAGCAGCUCCUGCACCAGGUACGAACAUGCAGAAUAGUGGAGCAGUAGAUGAAAACCGAAAUCCUCAACAAGAAACCAUGGCAGUGGCACAUGAUCAACCACUAUCAUCCUCGUCCACGACUGCUUGUUCAUCUCAACGAAGAAACUGGGUACCACAACCACUACGAUCGACCUCGAGUUCUCUUCAACAAUUACCAUCGACCACCACUUUCUCUCAACGAAACCUGCUAUCAAUACCGUGGACCUUACCAUCGACCUCGAGUUGCGCUGUUGACAGUAGGAAUACUCCCCGUCUGGCUGCUGUUGACAGUAGGAAUACUCCUCCACCCGCUCAAGUAGCUGCCGUCCCUUGUCCGCCUGAUGACAAUACGUUAGGGGCUUCCACAUCGCAUUCCUCACUACCAUGAUCCUUGACUUGUUUUCCAGUGGGAAAGAAGGCAAGGAUAUUCUAAAGAGGAGUGCAAUAUUUAUCGCAGCCUCUAAAUACGGCUUCUACUACGUCUACGGUCGUCCUUCCUCCGUCUGCUGGUCUCAAGCUCAGACCCAUACCAACUGGUGAUAAUCAAGAAUUUCAGCUGUUUUCAAAAGCGUCUUCUAGAAAGUCUAGUUCUUCUAGCGUGCUGUCCUCUGUAGCGGGGUCUUCCUCUUCUGCUGGUGGUGCAGGAGCAGGAAGCGUCACACCAGGAGUCCACGGGCAAACUACAGCCCUGUCUGCGAAUCUUCUUUCGCCUCCGCCUCCUAUGCCAGGAUCAGGAAGAGUCCCAGGCGGAACACGACAAAGACAGCAACUACAGGCAUCUCCGAGUGAUCCUAUGCCAAGCGGGGCGCGAGCGGCGUCCUCGCAAGAACUACCCCCGACAUUUGCGCAUCAAGAGAAGACCUUAAAAACUGGAUCUUCGAAUCUUCCUACGCCUCGUAGUCAAAGAGCAGCCGAUGACGUCGAACGCCCAGCUUCUCCAACAGGGAUAUGCAGAGUUGUUAGGGCAUGUCGUGGCGUAGUUGUUGCUCGUCCUUAAAUGUAGAUGCGGAGGUGUUGUAAUUGUAAAUGUACUAAAUAAUGUUGUUUUCAUCUUCUAAGUACUUAGAUGAUCGAUUACAACUUCAUCUCAUCUAAGAAAAACCAGUUCUUGCGUGGACCUCGUUCAAAAGCCGGAACAAGAACAGGUGUUUUCACUUACUCACCGAAAGGAGCAUGCGCCUCACCGAAAGGAGCAUGCACCUCAACGAAAGGCGCAUGCACUUCACCGAAAGGUGCUCCCUGCGAUCGCGAGCUACAAAGGAGAGGUGUCGGUCUGGGAGAGAAGAGAUGAUUACAAACUGAGGGUGUGGGGGAAGGGGUGGACGCUCUUCUCUUCAUAGAUGAGAGUUACAGUUUUUCUUGAAAAGCAAGAUUGGGUAAAAUGAGAAUUUGAAGUGGAAGUAGAAGGUCGACUUCAUAGCUACACGCACAUCAAGUACGACUAGUAACUAGUAACUAAUACGAAUGUGAAACCGAAAAAGACAGAAAAGACUGUCACAUCAUCUUUAUUCCUGAAUGAAAUAGAAAUGAGUCCUUUAUUUUAAGUACUAGCGUUUAGGUUCUUUCAAUAAUCACGUACCGACCGUCCCCUAUUACACACAGAUUUUUAAGAGGCCUAAGCAAGACAUUCUCGUCUUUUAUUUAAACUUGCAGGGUGUCUUCUGUUACUACAAGCUUAGUUCUGAGCUAUUGUUAACAAAGUUACCUCCAAUAGAGCAAACUGUUAUCUGAACUUAUAUCAUAAAUAUGUAUCUUCAAAUGUUGACAUUCUCUCGCUACACGACUACGCAAAUCCCAACAUCGAACCAAGAGCCUUGUCGUCUACUUAGCUUUUUCAUCCAGAGUCUUCAUCUUGCUAGAAGGUGACAAGAGCCAUGAUGUCGAUGUUGUGUUUCCAGGAUCUAUACCACCUCCUCCCCGCCAGCAAGUGAAGAUUUUAGGUUAUUCUUCGAAUUCACGAAAAAGAAACUUCAUCUACUUCUGUGCGUUGUACAACGGCACCAGGUGCUCGUCGAUCCGCGAAGCGAACUGUUAUUCACACUAUAGCAAAACACUUGACAGGGUAUUUUUUAUCACUAUGUGUUUUGUUUUGAGUUGUUGUUCACAAAGUUGCCACCAAUAGAGCAAACUGUUAUUCACACUUCUGAUCACCAGGCGGAUGCGGAUCAAGUGAUACGAAUCGGUUCUCAAGUUGAAGUUGAGACUGGUACGACUAGUACACUGAUGCGAAUUAUCAUAUUAAUGAAGGUCACCAGGAACACUCUACUCUCUACGCCAUGUUUUGAAGAGGAGCCGAAGCUCAGAAAAUUUUAAUGCGCGAACUAGUAGCUCCAUCUUCGGCCUUGAGCACGAGGCAUGUGCUGCAUUCAAUGACGUUCGACGGACUACGAGACUUUUGCAAUGACC